AUGACAACCGGUUUCUUACAACCGUACCAGUCAGUGGUACAAGUACGCAAGCAGGUGAUAGCAGUACUUUAUUCUGAUUGGACGCUCAGUUGCUAUAAUCACAACCUCAAACUGAUGUGGAGCCAAAAACUGAAUGAAAAGGAAAUCCCAAUUUCCAGUGAAGCUAGUUUGUUAGUAUCAGCCAUUAGCAUCAAGAAGAGUCCAGCUGGAGUUAUACUAGUAGGAGGAAGAAUUAAUGGAAACUAUGACAAUAAUAAUAAUAAUAAUGAUAAUAUUGGAGGAGAUAGUGAUAAGAGAAGGAUGAGAAGAGGAGCAGAACAGGAAAAGAUGGAGCAUCAAAAAAGGCCCGAGGCUGCAUCAAUUGGGAAAGAAGUGAAAAGUUCCAGUCUGGGAAGGGAAUUGAUAAAGUCCAUAGAAUCUGAUACUAAACCUGAGGAGGUUAUUAUUCUAUUUGAAGCUGGAGCUGAUCCUAAUGCUACUAAGUAUCCAUCUGGUGAACACCCUGCUCUUAUUAUAGCCAUUAAAAAUGAUAAUAUUGAUAUAGUGAAAUUGUUACUGGAGAAAGGAGCUAAUCCCAAUGCUACUGAGUAUUCAUUUGGUGGCUCUCCUGCUCUUAUUGUAGCCAUUGAGAAGAAUAAUAUUGGAAUUGUUGAUGUGCUACUUGAAAAAGGAGCUGAUCCUAAUAUUGGUUUUGAUACUUAUAAAGGUACUCCCUUGCACCAUGCUAGUAAAACUGGUAAUGCUGAUAUUAUCAAAUUAUUAAUAACUAAAGGAAAGGCUGAUGUGAAUGCUGUGGAUAAUUGGAACAGUACUCCAAUGUUUAAUGCUGUUCAGAGUGGUAGUAUUGAAGCUGUUGAUAUUCUAUUAACUAAUGGAGCUAGAACUGAUGUUGUGGAUAAUUAUGGUAACACUCCUCUGUUACUAGCAAUUGAAAAAGGUGGAUCAACUGAAGUUAUCAAAUUAUUGAUUACUAAAGGAAAAGCUGAUGUGACUGCUGCUUGUAAGAAAUAUCGUAUCAAUCCUGUGCUAUCUAGAUUUAAAAUUGCUGAGGUAUUGAUUACUAAGAUGCCAAAGCUUUAUUCAGCUGGACAAGAUAGGUGUGAUUAUAGUAGUGAAGAAGAGAACAUAUCCUUGGAACCUUUAGAAUUGGAGAAUGUGGAAUCCCGUCAGACCAAAACAAUGUCCUCUUCAUGGCUAGACAGGCAAGAGAUGUCAACAAGCCCAAUGCUCUAUCAUUGUGAGACGUCAGCUGAGCUAGUACAUCAGACUCAUGAGAGUGCACCAUACAGGCCUCAAAAGACUACUGCAUUAAUGCUCUCAUCAAGGCCAGAAAGGAAACAAUUGUCAGCAAUCUCAACAAGUCUCUAUGAUGAUGAAUUGCCAGCUGAGCUAACUAAAGAAAGUACAUAUAGGCUUGACAAGAGUAGUACUGCAGGACAGAGAGAAGGAAGAAAAUGUGAUAUUUUAUAA